AUGUCCUGCUAUCAAAACAUUGCCGUCGCCGGAGCAUCCGGAAAUAUUGGAAAGGUCGUGGUGAAGGAGCUCUUGGCCUCUAACUUCAACGUCAUCGCUUUGCAAAGACCAACUUCCACGGCUACUUUCCCCGAUGGGGUUCAAGUUCGGAGGGUAAUCCAUGACUCGUUUGACUCUUGGAGGGCGGCUCUCGAAGGCCAAGAUGCAUUCAUCUCUUUUCUGGUCCCACCGGUAAAGGGAUAUCAAAUCUUGGCUGCCGAUGCUGCCGUUGCUGCCAAGGUGAAGCGCUUCAUUCCGUCGGAAUGGGGAAUGAACACGACGAUUCUGGGAGACACAAUCUUUGGCAAACUGCUUUCCGACAAGACAUCUACGCAAGCCCAUUUGGAAAAACUUGCAAAGGAAAAUGAGCUUUUCUCUUGGACAGGUAUUUCCACUGGAUUGUGGUUUGACUGGGGGCUGGAGCACCUAUCCCUAGGAUUUGAUAAAAACACCAUGAAUGCAGAAAUCUCUGACUCAGGUUAUGAAAGAUUUCAGACGACCAACCUUAGUUUUGUGGCCAAGGUUGUGGCCGCUAUCCUCAAGAAUCCAGCCCAAGCGUCAAACAAGUACAUCACGAUCGCCUCGUUCAACAUUUCUCAAAAGGAAAUCCUUGCACUUGCAGAGAAAGUCUCUGGGAAGAAAUGGACUGUAAAGUCUUGCAAGGUUGAUGAUGUUCAGAGAGCUGCUGAAAAGGAUCUGGCCAACGGUAAUAUCGAGGCAGCAUUCUAUCCUUUGUUGCAUGGUCGACUCUUUCGAGAUGGUGCUGACCUGUCGCUUCAGCCCGGGCAGAACUUUGCUCAGGAAGUGUUGGGCUUCUCGGAAGAGGAUCCAGUCGAUGCGAUCAAGGGUUGGCUCGAGAAGUAG